AUGGCUGCUCCGCCGACAACGAACGCCUACACCGAAUUUCGAGACCUUCUCCAUAGUCCUCAGGUCUGCCGAUCCAAUUUUGAACAAAAGAAGUUUUACCACACCGCCAAUAUCGAGAGCUGGCUAUCGCGCGAGAAAGACGGCGUGCGUAAUGUAACGACACUCGCCAGCCAGAUCUACAUGGGCCCCAAUACAUUCCCUCCGUCUUCUGAUAGAAUUCUCGAGAACCCAAUCCUCUUUUGCAUUUUGGUCGAAAUGGGAUGCGGCCAUAUGUUCGACGUGUUCUCACGAUCAAUCGCCUCGAGCGAAACGCUCUCGAAUCCUUUUCUGAAAAGCCACUACGAGUCGAUCAUUACGUACCUAGAAAAGGAAUCUGUCAGACUGCCGAAGAAGUAUAAUCCCGGUGCGUAUGGCGAGGUCAUCGACGAAUUCGACCAGAACCGCUGGGCUUAUGUGUCUCUGCCGUUGCGCUACCAAGGGCAGGCUACUUCCUACCCACAGACAAUCCUCCCCUUUUUCUACAUGAAAAAGAUAGGCAGUGGAGGUACGGCUAUGUACAUGGAGUUCGCGGUCAAAUCUUACUUCAAGGGGUACGAAUAUGUCUACAGGGAGGAAAGUAACGCUUUCAAAGGGUUCAUGGGACAAAACGACCUCACCGUGGUUCGGUAUCUGGGAGAGAAAGACUUGGAGGAGUACAUGAUGGAGAAGCUGCCUCCUGUCUUGUAUCAAGAGACAUUCGCCUUCUGGGCCAAUCUGUUCAACGUUGGCUCUACGCUUGACGGGAUCCAUCAACUCAAGCGUAAAGAUGAGGGUGGUAAUAGACAGGUAUUCAAAGGUUGGCAUGGGGAUAUCAAGCCCGAUAAUAUCCUAUCAGUUCGUGGCCAGUUCAAACUGGCCGAUUUUGGGUUUGCGAGAUUUGAACAACAUGAUGAUAAGACACAGCUCAUAGGUGGGACAAGAACAUUUGGCGCUCCUGAACGGGAUGGCAACAAUGCAGACUCCGGCAUCACGCACUCUCAAAGCAUCGACACGUGGUCACUCGGUUGCGUUUUCUCUGUCGUCGCAACAUGGGUAAUAUUAGGUCCGACAUUCUAUCAAGCAUAUGGAUUCAUUCGCCAGGACGCAAUCAAGACGCUGCGUGAAACUGGCGGAGGGAUGCCACAUACACCAGGUCCCUACUGCGACGAUGCGUUCCACGACGGGUCAAACGUCCUUCGUGCUGUUACAGACUGGCACACCCAUCUAAGAAAUUCAAUCAGAGCCUCUGACACAAUAUCUCGUCAAGUCCUGGAUCUGGUUGAUAACGAAAUGCUUCUCAGUAACCCGGAGGAUAGACUAUCCGCUGCCGAGUUAAGAACCAAGUUAAAGGCCAUUCUCGACAAAGCUGAAUCUGAUUAUCUUCAACUCAAGGAGAACGGACAGCUGGCAAAAGAAUCCCCGAUAAUACGGAAAGCCCUGUUGAAAUUUGACGAAGCAGCGCCUCAGUUUGCGCAAUCGCUCUCCCAAAAAGAAGCGGAAAACCGAUUCACGCAUCCAUCAACAGCUGGCUCUCAAGGUCGGGGGCUGCCGGUAAUCCACCCCUCAAGAACCAAUCGACUACAGAAAUCCGAAGCCUUCAAUAGGAUUGUAUAUGGGAAAACUGCCAACCGGGAGGAAGUUCUGAACACCAACAGACUAAAAAUUCCAAACACGCCUCCAUCUCAUGCAGCGAAUGGCAUGACUGACAAGUCGUACUAUUCUGACGAAAAAGGGAAGGCAAUCGACUGGAGCCCAGGCAAUAUACAGCAGUCCUUCUCAUUUCAAGCGUCGAAACACAGCUCUCCGAUUUCAAUGUCAAUAAACUCGCGGAAGAGCACACAGACCGUGAGAACUGCCGUCGACCAAGAAUACGACAAGCUUAGUGAACAAUGGAAACCAAAUCGUUGGACUGCGUUUCUGAACAAGAUUCCCAAAGACGACUUUCUUCAAAACUUUAUAGUGAAUCGAGAUAUUAUUUUUUUAGUCGACAAUGACCCUACCAUGACCCAGCACUGGUCAGAUGUUAAGCGAACAUUGUUGACACUAGCGAUGAAAAUCGGUCCACUUGAUAAGGACGGGCUAGACCUUCGUUACGCCUGUGGGAACCAUGGGUUUUUGAGCAACAUCACAGGAUAUGAUAUCAAGUCAAAAUUCAGUACAUCUAUGGACGAAGUCGGGCGCAGAAUCCACGAAAACGUUCGCACUGAUAUGCGUGCAGCACUCUCCAAAAUUUUCGACGAGUAUCUCGAAGGAGAUCGCAAGAAGAGGCAGACCCUCAUCAUACUGACAGAUGGAAAGUGGGAAGGAUCAAGCAAGAAAAGAGAUGUAGAGGAUCUCAUAAUCGAUUUCAUCGAACGCCUCGAAAAAAACCCGGGUCGAAUGGAGGAUCGUUGGUUCAGUAUCCAGUUCGUCUCUUUUGGAGAUGAUGAAGUUGCACUGAGGCGGUUGACCUUUCUCGACGACAAACUUGAAGCGCGCAAAGAUAUUGUUGACGCCAAACCAUGGAACUGCCAAGAUGUCAACGAGCUGAUUCUUGGAAGCAUCACAGAGAAUGGAGACUACAAGACACCGGUCACUUCUCCUGUAUCCGCAUCCGUUUCUCCAGACAUAUUUGCGACCCCUACACGAGAGACUCGGUUUUCGAGAUUUAGAAACAGUUUAAUGCGCUGA